AUGUAUUUGACCGAUUUAUAUCCCAUAUCAACAGCAUGUAUCCAACUAGCGUCCAUUUGUCUACAAUUCAAAUACAACAAAACCCGUAAAUCAAUUCGAGGACUUUCAUACGACUAUUCACUACUACAAUUUCUCACUCAUUUGAUAUCAAUAGCCAGUCUACUAAGUUUCUGUUCGUCUACAAUCACAUCUCAAUAUAUGCUACGAUGGUCCCUGGAAACUCCCCACAUAUCAUUAUUGGUACUCGUCCUUGAGGUUAUAUCAUUCAUUGUCUCAACGGGUAUGAUUAUACAACUCAUCAUUUAUAAAUCUACACGUGGCCAGAAUCAAGCCAUAAGUGGAUACUGUCAAGGUUUCAUAAUCACGGUACUACUACCAUUGGUAUACUUGUUCAAGCUAUGGUUGUUCAAACAAGCCAAGAUCAAUGAACUUGAUUUAGUUGACUAUGGGUGGACAAUGUUUAAACUAUUUACUAAUUUACGAUUUAUCCCCCAGGUUAUGGUUAACUGGAUGGAUGAUAGUGUUGAUGGGCUUUAUCCAUAUUGGAUUCAUUUACAGGUUGCGUGUGCGGCAUUUGAGCUAGUGGAUAGAGUCGUGAAUGGUUACGUUUGGGCAGAUGUGUCAAUAAUGAUGCCCAGUUUACCAUUGAUUAUUAUCAAAGAUGUAUCAAUAGCGAUAAUUGGUUUUCAGUACCAUGUGUACCGAAAGAGAACAUCAGAAGUACAUUAUAAAGAAGUUUAG